GUAGCGAAUCCAUCUGACAAACAUCUUUCAUCGUCUCAAAGCACCUGGCGGCGGGCACCGACUCCACUGGAUGGUGAACACAGCCACCCCCUAUCACAAAAUUUAGAUUUCGAUCUUUUAAAGUUAUUCAUUAGAUAAGUUAGACGGACUCAGAGCAAGAUCAUAAGUAACAUGAGCAAUUUUAAUUUUUUUUACAUAUCCAUCUAUUUUCUCCAGCUUAAUAAAAUUCGGAUUCCAUCAUCUGCACGUUUCAAACUCUCAAAUAUUCUAAUGAUAUUGUUUGCUGGAUUCAGUUUUCAAAGUCGCAUCCAAAUUCUUUGUCCAGAAAAAGCAUGUUAAAUCCUCAAUCAAUAGUACAUAAAUCAAGAAGCAAACAUCCACGUCAAAAAUUAUUGCGGUAAGAUAAAUCCUAGCACAAUAAUAGAGUAUUGACAGAACAACAAUGAAUGGCGGAAACGAUAACGAAAAAUAGGGGGGAAAGUACUGUCAUGAAAUCCAGUCUGACACAAUUUUGACGGCGAGCUGUACUUGGUAGAAUUAUUACUGAAAUCCUUGGGAAGUACAAAAGAUCAAUUCACACUUAUAUAUCGCUGUCUUCCCGUCCCCUCAAAACUUCGGAACUUCGGCAGAAUUACAGUUAUCUAUCACUCACCCACUUGGAUCUCUGGAAAAUUAUCAUUCAAGUUCAAUCCACAACUUCGACUUCGCUUGAGGUUCUGAGAUUGCCGUGAUGAGCUUCAGAGACGAUAAUGAGGAUGGGAGGGAUCUUAGGAAGCCCUUCCUUCAAACUGGAAGCUGGUACAGGAUGGGCUCGAGGCAGUCCAGCAUCAUGGGCUCCUCAGCUCAGGUCAUACGAGAUGGGUCUGUCUCCGUUCUCUUCUGCGUCCUCGUCGCCGCCUUGGGUCCUAUUCAAUUCGGUUUUACGUGUGGGUACUCUUCUCCUACUCAAGAGAGCAUAAUCAGCGAUCUGAACCUCUCCGUCUCGGAGUUUUCUCUGUUUGGGUCUUUAUCAAACGUGGGUGCGAUGGUGGGAGCAAUAACCAGCGGUCAAAUGUCAGAGUACAUUGGGCGUAAAGGGUCACUAAUGGUUGCCGCAAUCCCCAACAUAAUAGGAUGGCUUGCCAUUUCUUUCGCGAAAGACUCAUCUUUUUUAUUCAUGGGGCGGUUAUUGGAAGGAUUUGGCGUUGGGAUAAUUUCUUACGUGGUACCUGUUUAUAUUGCUGAGAUAUCACCUCAAAACAUGAGAGGUAGCCUUGGAUCAGUUAACCAGCUCUCCGUCACAAUUGGAAUACUGCUGGCUUAUCUGUUCGGCCUUUUUGUGAACUGGAGGUUGCUUGCAGUUCUAGGAAUUCUACCAUGUACGGUGCUAAUUCCUGGGCUAUUCUUUAUACCAGAAUCUCCCAGAUGGCUGGCCAAGAUGGGGAUGACAGAAGAGUUUGAGACUUCCUUGCAAGUUUUACGGGGAUUUGACACUGAUAUCUCUGUUGAAGUGCACGAAAUCAAGCGAUCUGUGGCAUCAACAGGAAAAAGAGUUACAAUUCGAUUUGCAGAUCUCAAGAGAAAAAGAUACUGGUUUCCUUUGAUGAUAGGAAUUGGAUUACUUGUCCUCCAGCAAUUGAGUGGUAUUAAUGGAGUUUUGUUCUAUUCAAGUACCAUCUUUUCAAAUGCAGGAAUUUCAUCCAGCAAGACUGCUACAGUUGGUCUUGGAGCUGUUCAGGUUUUGGUGACUGCAAUCGCAGCUUGGUUGGCGGACAAAACUGGCCGGAGGGCUCUCUUAAUAAUAUCCUCCUCUUUAAUGACAUUUAGCCUCAUCCUUGUUGCUAUAGCAUUCUAUUUGGAGGCUGUCGUAUCAGAGGGGUCUAAUCUAUACAGCAUUUGGGAAAUAAUCUCGGUGGUUGGGCUUGUGGCAAUGGUGGCUGGCUUCUCUAUAGGGCUUGGACCAAUUCCUUGGCUUAUAAUGGCUGAGAUACUUCCAGUGAAUAUAAAAGGCCUAGCUGGCAGUGGAGCCACCUUGUUGAAUUGGUUUACUUCUUGGGGGAUCACAAUGACUGCAAACUUGCUUUUAUCUUGGAGCAGUGGAGGAACAUUCACGAUCUAUGCGGUAGUAGGGGCCUUUACCAUUGUUUUUGUAGCAAUUUGGGUCCCUGAGACCAAGGGGAGAACUUUGGAAGAAAUUCAGUCAUCCUUUAGAUGAUCUUGUUCCAAGCGCACUUGUUUCAACAGACCAUUAUACCAAAUAUCUUCUGUUGUUUUAUCAAUUCUAUUUAUAUUCCUAUGUAUUGGUUGAUGUGUCAUUUUCUUUUUCACUGCAUGCACGAGCUGAGUUGGAUCUGAAUUCAAAACACAUGUAGAAGUUUCUUUCUUCGCAAAUAAACAAAGCAGUCAGUUGAGAUUAUUAAUUGCAGAUAAUCGAUUUUUAUCUU